AUGAGUGCCCAGCCGUCACAACAGCCGGUGCACUACAACGCCCAGCGCGAGGGCGACGUCGAGUUCGCCAGCAGCAGCGAUGACCACUCUGAGGGCGCGUCCAGCAGCACGACCGAGAAGCGCGGUAUCGUCUCCGCGAACAACAUCAUCUCCGUCAUCACGCGCAAGGACAUCCAGAUCGCCUAUGUUGCGUACUUUGUCAUGUCGCUUGCGGAGACGUUCGCCCAGUACACCCAGUCCCCCUUCACCGCCUUCGCUACCUCGGCGUUCAAGAGCCACUCCCAGCUCGCGGCGGCUGGUAUCAUCUCCCGUGUCUUCUCGAUUGCCACCUACACCGUCGUCCCCAAGAUUCUCGACAACGUCGGCCGCAUCUCGCCCACCGCGUUCCUCGUCUUUGUCGUGUUUCAGAUCAUUUCCGACGCCAUGAUGGCGGGCUGCAAGAACGUGCAGACGUACCUCGGCGCGCACACCUUCACGGGCAUUUCGGGCACGGGCCAGGGUAUCACGUCCCAGGUCUACUUCGGCUCUACCACCAACAUUGUCGAGCGUGGAUUCUACAACGUCGCGGCCGACUCGUUUUCCCACAUCAUCUCGAUGUACUCUGGCGCUGAGAUUGGUGGCCGCAUCCUCGACGACUGGGGCAAGGAGUCUGGCUGGCGCUGGGGCUACGGUAUGUGGUGCAUUAUCCAGUUCGUCAUGAGCAUCCCCUUCCUCGCUAUCCUGUACUCCUGGACGAUGCGCGUCCGCCGCACGCCCGGCAUGGACCCUCUCCCCAAGCGUGGCUCGGUUCUCUACCAGCUCUUCUCCGAGUACGACGUUGUCGGCAUGGUGCUCCUCGUCGGCGGUCUCUGCCUCAUCCUAGUCCCGCUCACCCUCGCCAAGGGUGUCGCUUCCGAAUGGGACGGAAGCAACAUCGCAAUGCUCUGUGUGGGAUGUGUUCUCACGCUCUUCUUCGUCCUCUGGUCGCUCCCCAAGCGCUGGCGCCCCAAGUGGCUGUACAAGCCUUCGCAGCCCCUGAUCGGCUGGUUCGCGCUCAAGAACCGCUCUCUUGUCGCCUUCAUCAUCAUCAACGGAUGUGACUUCAUGUCCUACGCUAUCAUUCAGACCUACGCCCAAUCCUACUUCCAGGUCGCCGCUGGUCUCUCCGCUGCCCGCGCGACGCAGGUUGACAACACCAUCCGCAUCACCUUCCAGGUCUUCGCGCUUGCCAUCGGUAUCAUUAUGCGCUACUGGACGUGGAUCGCGCGCAAGCUCGGUUUCGGCCCUAACCGUCACUUCCACACCGCCUGGGCUAUCUGGUUCGGUAUCCCCGUCGGUCUGCUCUCGAUGGGUCUCGACAUCUACUUCUUCUCUCGUCCCCGCGCCUCGAACGCUAUCGGUUGCUUCGUCGGUGCCAAGGUCAUGUACGGAUUUGCCCGUGCGAUGUUCCAGACCUGCGGCCAGGUCCAGAUCCAGGCGGCCGCGAAGCGCGAGAAUCUCGGUGUCGCGACCGGUAUCUUCUACAUGGCCAUGUCGCUUGGUGGUGCCAUUGGUACGGCCGUCGCUGGCGCGAUCUGGGCCAACGACCUUCCGGACCAGCUGCGCGCCAACCUGCCCGCGGCGUCGAAGGCGCUCGCGCCCAAGAUCUUCGGCUCGAUCAAAGUCGCCAUGGAGUACAAGUACGGCACGGAGAUUGGUGACUCGAUCAUCCAGUCUUACGCCAACACGAUGCGCCUCCUCGCCAUUGUCGCGACGUGCAUCCAGGUGCCCAUGUUCAUUGCCAUGUUCUUCAUCCACGACAUUGGGCUGACGGAGGACGAGCAGAUUGUCGAGGCUGGACGCAGGAUUGCGAUGGCGAAGCGCAGCGAGAGGGAGGAGAUCGAGAAGCUCGAGCGCGAGAAGGCCGACAAGCUCGACAAGGAGGAUGCGUACGCCGCGACGCCCUCUGACACCGUUGACAACCUCAACGAGAAAAAGUAA